AUGAACAGAGUUUCAGUUUGGCAAGAAUUUAAUGCAUGUCAAUUUCUUGUUUCAUUUUGCUUACUUAUCUUCAGUAUUCUUUAUGCUUUUCGUGAACAGUUAUUUAUACUUUGGCCAUAUUGGUUAGUCUUUCUACCAUUAUUUAUUUGGAAAAUCUUGGCAAUAUUAGGAGCUAUUAUUGGAAUUUUUACAUAUUGUUGUAUUCGACCGAGAAAUCGUGAACGUAAUUCACCAAUUCAUUGUCGAGCAUUAUUUUUAAAUUUAAUUGAAACAAUUCUUUUAUUUCUUUUUGAAUUUUUAAUAUGUUAUAAUCUUGAACAACCAAAGGAUUCAGAAUAUCGUUUAACAUGGAUUGUUUGUUUUCUACCAUUAAUUGUUCUAUCAAUUAUAUCCGUAUUUACUUAUGUUUGGUUAUUACGUCAUGGUCGUUCCUGGGAGAUUCAAGCAUUAUUUGUUGUUAAUAUUCUACAAUUUAUUUUUUUUGCUCUUAAAUUAGAUAAUAGUAUUCUUACAUGGAAUUAUGCGGCAGUAUUUAUUCCAUUAUGGAUUGUCAUGGGUAUAUCUAUUAUUUUUUGUAUUGGUCGUAUUAUAUGGACUUUUGUACAUUAUUAUCGAAAUGAUAAUCAUCAAAUUCCUAUGAGUCAACAACAAUUACAUCGACGAUGUUGUCAAAUUUUAACAAGUCCAACUGUUGGUCAUAUAUGUGUACUUCUAUUUUUACUUAUUUUUCAAAUACUGUUAGUCUUCUAUUUGGAACGCUCUAUUGCUCUUUCAUUUAUUGUUGUGUGUUUACCAUUGUAUAUUGCAUUAAUAAUACUCAUUUAUAUGUCAUUUGGUAGUCGAGUACCACCUAAUCAUUGGUGGUUUGGUCUACGACAAGAUGCAUGUGGAUGGCUUUUACAUUUAUGUCCAAUAUUUGAAACUUAUGCAAAUAUUGAAUAUCAUUUUACUACAUCAGAUUCUCCAUCAUUACCAACGCAUAAUAUAUCUUCAACAACAGCAAAUCCAUCGAUAAUAUCAACAGGACAUUUAAAUCGAAAUAUCGAAAGUACUCGUCGAUUUUUUUUUCGUAAAAAAUCACCAUCAUUUUGUGAUCAAUCAAAAGUUGAUCAUGAUGAAAAUGAUUUAUUAACAACUGUAUUUUUAUCACCAUCGAAUAUCCUAAAAUUACACGAACCCGAUUAA